AUGCCGCCUUCGAGAAAGAAAUUGAAAAAGCCACUUGAUCCGUCUUUCUUCGAACCCAAGUCGCAGAGAGACCGAAGAGGCUCUGCGGAAAAUUCCGCGACCGCUCGGGCUGCCGCCGGAGGGUGUUCGACCGCAAAGUAUGUCUCUGAGGAGGGAGAUGAGCAGCUGGAUACGGACACUAAGAUAGCGAUUCUCGCAUCACUCCAUCCGUCAUUAUCAACAGCGGCACUAAUAGAUAUCCUACUGUCUGUCAACGGUUCCAUAGAAGCUACUAGCAAACUCCUAGCGGCCGGCCAAACAACCCCCCAAGCACGAAAACCCCCUUCAACAACCAACCAAUCCUCCCUCGAAACCUUUAUCUCGACUCAGGGUACGUCAACUACCACUUCAACCACCACCUCCACACCAAAACCCCCACCGAAAGGCCAAACUCUGCAUCUCUACACCCCAGCAUCAAUAGCCCUGCAUACCCCCUGUGUCCUCCACACAACCUUCCUCCCACCCCCCCUAGCGACAACCCUACUACAAGAGCUCCUCCAUGAAUCAACCACCUUCCCGCCCCCCGGCAAAUUCAACCUCUUCUCCCGUACCGUGCAAUCCCCGCACCGGAGUGUAAUGUACACCACAACCCCAGCAACGACACCAUACUACUACCAAGGCUUAACCCUGCCCCCCCCGCGCGCAUUUACCCCCUCAAUGUCGACGGCGGCAGGACUGGUCGAGGAGCACUUCCGUACGCUGGAGCCUCGUGGGCGGAUCACUGCCGCGCUGGUAAACUGCUAUGCGGGCCCGCAACAAGGCGUCGGCUUCCACACCGACGCACUAACGUACAUUGGCCCCCGUGCGAUAAUAUGCACCCUCUCGCUAGGCGUUACGCGGGAAUUCCGUAUCCAGAAGCAGCCACCUAGUUCCCAUUCCUUAGGUACCUAUGCUAUCCAUCUUCCGCAUAAUAGUUUGCUCGUGAUGACCGCCGGGAUGCAGGAGAAUUGGAAACACUCCAUUCCGCUGGUGCAGAGGGUUGAUCGACAUGAGAUUUCCGGAGACAUUAGGAUUGCCAUCACAUUCCGGUGGUAUAGAGAUGAUUACGGGCCUGAGGUCACGCCGGCGUGUGGGUGUGGCGGGAGGAUGGUGCUUCGGCCCGUGUGGGGUGGUGAGAAGUAUUUCUGGAGUUGCGAUGGCGAGUAUAGAGGUGUUGGGCAGGGGUGCGGGUACUUUAAGUGGGCCGUGUUUGGGGAGGGGGGGAGGCCGGUGUUUGAGGAUGAGAAGGGGAAAGUGGUUGAGGGAGGUGAUGGAUAG